AGAGAUGGCUAAACUCAAACUUAAACACUGGAUCAGCCUCCGAUUCUGUGUUGUCAUAGUAACUCUGUUCUUUAUCUAUGUAAAAGUUUCCAGACAAAGACAGUUGAUGCAAACAAAAAAACGUGAGCAGCUGAUUUCCACAGAGAUUCCUGCUGAACACAUCGACCCGGCUUCCAUAGAUCUUACUGACCUAGUUAACACGCUCAUCAAUGCUUCAAAACCAGGCUCACAGAAUCUUUUCUCCCUACUGAGCGUGACAUCACACAGUUCCCUUUCUCUCUACAAGCUCACACUACUGGUUUACAACAUCUCAAACUUUCAGGAUAUCGAGAACAGUUUGUUUCCCUUGAAAUACUGUUACUGUCUGACAAACAGGACCAAUGACCUCACAGAUUUUACAGCUGUUCUGUUAGAUGUGAUGGGAAAUUCUACUAGUUUCCUGCAGGAGUUGUUUAAAUCCAGCUCCAUACUUUCAGUCAGUCAGAGGAACAGCUCUGACUGCAUCUAUAUCUGUGUCAUGGCUGGAAAGACAGACAGUGAUCUGUCUCAGCUGUGGGACUUGGCCUCAGUGACACCUCUGUUUAAUCAAACCAUCACAGAAGACAGAACCAGAGCAAAUAUCACAUUUCCACUGCUACCUUUUGCAUGGCAUGACCUUCCAAACAACAGUGAGCUGGUACUAUGGCCUAAACCAAGUACAGAUACCCACAGGACUCCCAGUAGAGUAACAACCAGCAAUGAAGAAUCAAAGACAACCUUGCCAUCCACUAGCACUGCAAUAACAACAUCACCUCCUUCUGUAUCCAGAGUAGCUCCCUCAACAACGCCCCCUACUGUUAGUGUGACAACCACUUCAACUCCUCCUAUGCCAACAGAUGCUUUCAUGACUUUCACAGUCACUAAUGAUUUCACAACAGACCUGGCAACUGGUGCAAUGACCCAGGCAAAACCUGAGGGCACAGUGGCACAGCCAACAACAACUCCUGUGCAUAUACUUUACACCCCAGUUACCAUGGUGACCACCCACACCAUCGUUCCCAUGGUGACUGCAUCACAUACUGUUCAUCUGCCAAGUCAAAGAAGAACAACUGCGACAAGCAACCCACAAGUGUUGACCUACACAGAAAAGCCAGGCAAGAUCCCCCCAUCAACACACACACGAUGCCCAUGGAGAAAAGAGUUUAUUCAUAAAGAAGGUAAGGAGGACCAGAAAGAGACCCACCAAGAGGAACCAAGCUGGGGCAGGAUGACCAUCAGUUCAGUGAAGUUGCAGCCAUGUGUGUUUGAACUGUGCAAGUUUUACUCUCAGUGUGUGUGCAGAGGAUACAGCUAUAGAGCCUGGGCAUCUCAGCGGUAUUGUGUGGACAGCCAUCGCUGGUAUGAGCAACACACAGCAGAAGUUUGCAGUCGUGUGAGGAGAGUCACAUUUUCCAAAAAUCUGAAGCAGAAGUGUCUGACAAGAAUGUGUGUGAAGACGUGAGAAGAAAACUGGCUACAAUCAUCUGAACCAUCUGAACGUGUGUGUGUGUGUGUGUGUGUGUGUGAGAGAGAGAGAGAGAGAGAGAGAGAGAGAUAGGCUGCAUUAAACACCAAGAUGAAUUAAGUCAACCAAAUGCAUAAAAAAAAACACUAAGUAUGUAAAGAAUUUGUAGUUUUCAGAAUGUACUUUCUCUUGCAUAUCAAUAAAACCAAUCAUG